GCCUCCCUCCCGGUCCCGGUCCCGGCCUCCCCCCUCCCCCUCCGCUCCCCCCAACCCCAGAACAUCCGGCGCUUUCACCCCCCUUCCCCUCCCCUCCCCUCGUCCUCCGCGAUGGCGGCGUCCAUGGCGUCGCCGCGGGGGCGGUCGAUCCGGGAGACGGUGCUGGAGACCGUGGCGGCGUACCACCAGCAGCAGCGGGCCAAGGGGAAGCUGCGCAAGAGCCUCACCUACGCCGGAGGCGAGCUCUCGUCCGCGGGCCGGGCCCGCGGGGACGGCCCCGCCUCCACCUCCGUCUCCUCGCUCUGCGGGCCCGACGACGACGACGAGCCCUUCUGGGAGGAGGAGGAGGGCACCGUCGAGCUCGUCCAGCUCGGGGCCAACCGCGCUAAGAACGUCCUCAUCCUCAUGAGCGACACCGGCGGAGGCCACCGCGCCUCCGCCGAGGCCAUCAAGGACGCCUUCCGCAUCGAGUUUGGCGACGAGUACCGGGUCUUCGUCAAGGAUCUGUGCAAGGACCACGCCGGCUGGCCGCUCAACAACAUGGAGAGCUCCUACAAGUUCAUGGUCAAGCACGUGCAGCUCUGGAAGGUGGCAUUCCACAGCACCUCGCCUAGAUGGGUCCAUAACUUCUACCUCGCCGCUCUCGCCUCAUUCUACGCCAAGAAGGUGGAGGCUGGACUGAAGAAGUACAAGCCAGACAUCAUAAUUAGUGUCCAUCCCCUCAUGCAACACAUUCCUCUGUGGGUUCUCAAAUGGCAAGGCCUACAGAACAGGGUAGUCUUUGUAACUGUGAUCACAGACCUCAACACAUGCCACCCUACAUGGUUUCAUGCUGAUGUGAAUAGAUGUUACUGCCCUUCAGAAGAAGUUGCCAAGCGGGCAGCACUGGAUGAUCUACAACCAUCUCAAAUCCGCGUGUUCGGUCUUCCGAUUCGACCAUCUUUCUGCCGUGCAGUUCUUGUUAAGGAUGAUUUGAGGAGGGAACUUGAAUUGGAUCCUGAGCUUCCUGCAGUACUGCUCAUGGGAGGUGGAGAGGGCAUGGGUCCUGUCAAAAAGACUGCCAGAGCCCUAGGAGAAUCAUUGUUUGACAAAGAGCUUGGAAAACCAAUUGGGCAGCUUAUUGUCAUUUGUGGCCGGAACAAAACGCUAAGCUCCUCACUGCAGGCAGUUGAAUGGAAAAUACCAGUAAAGGUUAGGGGAUUUGAAACCCAAAUGGAGAAGUGGAUGGGAGCUUGUGAUUGCAUUAUAACAAAGGCUGGACCAGGUACCAUUGCUGAAGCCUUGAUAAGGGGUCUUCCUAUAAUCCUUAAUGACUUCAUACCUGGACAGGAAGUUGGCAACGUACCUUAUGUUGUGGACAAUGGUGCAGGUGUGUUCUCGAAAAGCCCCAAGGAAACUGCUAGUCUUGUUGCCCGCUGGUUUGGUCCAGAUUCAGAGGAAUUGAAAAAAAUGUCAGAAAAGGCACUGAAAUUGGCCCAACCAGAAGCUGUCUUUGACAUUGUCAAAGACAUGCAUGAGCUCUCCCAGGAGCAAGGUGUCAUAUCACAGAUAUCUAGUUCCUUGACUUCAUCCUUCUUCUUACCAUCGCCUGAAAGCACCCCUCUCCAACUUAUCUGAAACCAUCAAGCUAGGAUUGAUAUUGUUGACAUCGUGAACUUGGCAUUGUCCCUACAGUGUGGGCGUGCUUUCGGCUGAUCCGCUCACAUGGUAGUUAUGGGCAGGGUCGUUUGACUGACAGGUUCUCGCGUGUGAUGAUGUUUGCCUUCAUGUUAACUUUUGUAAAAAAAACAUUCAUUCAUAUUAUGUUUCUGGCUCCCUUCGUCAUCAAAGGGGAAUUGGUGGUGGUGGUGGCUUGUAAAAUACACUCAAAUUUUGUGCAUGGACAUGUCAGACCCUUAUCAUGUAUACUAGCUGAUGUGAUCCGUUCAUGUAAGUGGAAGAUGUGUAUAAUAUGAUUACAGAUUGUUGGAGUGGAAAUUUAUCUC